UAGCUAUAAAUAUAUGAUGAUUGAUUCGAAUAUCAUUUAUUCGCAAUGGAAGUGUUACCCGCAAUUGUUUUGUUUAUUGCUGCAUUAAUUGUUAAUGGAAGCAAUGAAUUUCGCCCCGACUACGAAUACCAUGCAUCAGCUGGCGGCUGGUUCAAGUUCCACAAGGUGCCCGCGAAGUGGCACGAUGCGCGACUCAUGUGCAGUUUGGAAGGGGCAGUUUUAGCAUCACCUAUAAAUGUGGAUGUCAGUGAUGUGAUGCAAAUCAUUGUUCAUAAAAACGAGCCUACCACUGGCGUGUACACUGGGGUCAACAAUUUAGUAGUACCCGUAAUUUAUAACAGCAUAGAAGGAGUACCCUUGUCAGCGAUGCCAAUUCGAACGCGCGAUAUGUUCUCCGAGGAGUACAGCUCAGGACCGCAGUGCGCGCGUCUUCUGCCUCAAACGGGACUCGUUGCUGGGAGCUGUAGUGACGAUCUCCCCUACAUGUGCUACAAGAACCAAACUGCUAAACUGGGCAGCAACGAGUGUGGGACCACAGACACAGAUUAUAAGCUAGAUAAGAGAACAGGCCACUGCUACAAGUUCCACAAGUACUCCCUGCCAUGGACCCUGGCGUACAUGACGUGUGAUGCUGAAGGUGGGCAGCUGGCCGUCAUAAACAGCGCCGCGGAGGCUAACGUCGUCAAGGAACUCUUCGCUAAAUAUCCACCUCCGACUAUCAAGAGAGGUCAUACAGGAGUCGUGCAUCUUGGUUUUCAAGUGUGGAAUUCGUCCAAUGUCUGGAGGACUAUCAAUGGGCAAUCGCUGGAACAAGCUGGCUUCGCGAAUUGGACCAACGGGGCGCCAAACAGCUACGCAGAAUAUUACGGUAGCAUGACCCGCACAGGACAACUGGACGACACGUUGGGCAAACACGCCCCUUUUGUAUGCGAGAAGCACCCCAACAACAUAGUACCUGUUCCGAACAAUGUUUAAAUAAUGAUUUCUUAUGUUUAUGCGGAUUUUAGACAACGGAAUAAAACAAGUAUUCGCAUUUUUAUUUGUUCU